AUGAGGGCUUUACAAUUUCUAUCCGGGUUGCGUUCAAGCAAAAGUUAUUCUGGAGGCAGUAAGCGACCCCAAAACCAGGCCAAUGAAGCAGCAAAGCAGCCGUCAACUGUCGAAAAUGGCCAGUUUCGUAUGGAACAAGACUCAAAAGAGACGAGCAGCAGUUGCAAUCCAUAUGGACAUCUCCCACCACAUCAUGCCGAAAUGCUCGAGCGACAAGCACAAGUGCCAACUUAUCGAGGGAGCAUUUUCCAUUUAUACCGCUAUGCGUCUCGCCAUGACAUCCUCAUCAUGAUUGUUGCAGCCGUCUGUGCCAUGGCGUCUGGGGCCGCCUUGCCAAUCAUGACAAUUAUUUUUGGCGGUUUGCAAGGCACUUUCCAAGACUUCUUUAAUAAUACCGUUCAGCCUAGUCGGUUUCGAGACGAAAUGACAACCUAUGUCCUGUAUUUUGUGUAUCUAGGCAUUGGGCAAUUUUGUGUCACUUUUCUAUCCACCGUUGGUUUCACCUACCUCGGGGAGCAUCUGACGGUAAAAUUCAGAGAGCGCUACUUGCAAAGUUGUAUACGCCAAAACAUUGCCUUUUUUGAUAAUACGGGUGCUGGUGAAAUCACAACCCACAUUACCGCCGAUAUGAGUCUAAUUCAGGACGGUAUUUCCCAGAAAGUAGGGCUGACCUUGGCUGCCAUUGCCACGUUUGUUUCUGCGUUUGUGAUUGGGUUUGCCAAUAGCUGGAAGCUCACUCUUAUGUUGUGUUGUACCGUUGUUGCUUGGAUCAUUACCACUACCCUAACCACGAGGUUGAUGGUCAAGAAUACCAUCAAGUCGCUUGCUGCGUAUUCUGAAGGGGGUAGCCUCGUGGAAGAGGUUUUGACAUUUAUACACAGCACCACUGCCUUUGGAAACCAGGAUCACUUGGCCAAACAGUAUGAUGCACACCUCGCAAAGGCAGAGCAUUACGGCUUUCGUGCUAGGACAGCCACCGGACUAAUGAUUGCAGGGCUGCAAAUCGUCAUGAUCCUCGGGUAUGCCCUCGCGUUUUGGCAGGGUAGCAAACAGCUUAUCCAAGGAGAGCUGCCAGUGUCAAAACUUCUGACCGUCCUCAUGUCCGUCCUAAUUGGGGCGUUUGCCUUGGGCAAUGCUGCCCCAAACGUACAAGCAUUUACUACUGCAGCGGCUGCCUCGAGAAAGGUCCUUGCCACCACAGAUCGUGUCUCCCCCAUUGAUCCCAUGGCAAGCUCCGGGAUUAGUUUGGAUCAGGUUUCUGGCCACAUAAGCUUCCAACAUAUCCAUCACAUUUAUCCCUCAAGACCAGGUGCACCCGUCAUCGCCGACUUGAGUUUGGAUAUUCCAGCCAAGAAGACCACUGCCAUAGUUGGAGCGUCAGGAUCCGGAAAAAGCACAAUUAUAGGCCUGCUUGAACGGUUCUACGACCCUGUCCAAGGAACGAUACGUCUGGACGGUCAUGAUAUACGGAGUCUAAACUUGAAAUGGUUCCGAGCACAGAUGGCCCUGGUCAGCCAACAGCCCGGACUCUUUGGGACCACCAUCUUUCAAAAUAUUCGACAUGGUUUAAUUGGCACAGCAUUCGAACAUGAAAGCCAGGAUUCUCAGAGACAGCGCGUUAUUCGUGCAGCAAAGGCGGCUUUUGCACAUGAUUUUAUUAUCGCUCUUGACAAGGGUUAUGAUACGCAUAUCGGCCAGCGUGGCUCUAUUCUCUCUGGAGGCCAAAAACAACGAAUUGCGAUUGCACGAGCGAUAAUAUCGGACCCCAAAAUUCUACUUCUUGAUGAGGCAACUUCUGCUCUGGAUAGUGUGUCUGAGCAAGCCGUCAAGGCUGCGUUGCAAGUUGCCGCAACAGGACGUACUACUAUCAUUAUAGCCCAUCGCUUGUCGACCAUAAAACACGCGGAUAAUAUUGUGGUUAUGUCUGAAGGUCGCAUUGUGGAGCAGGGGACUCAUGAGGAACUUCUGAAUAAAAAUGCGGCCUAUCUGGAGCUAGUUCAAGCUCAAAGUGUUGGAUCAAGUGUUGACGAAAAACAAGAUUCCAGAGUGUCCCCAGCGGGAUUUGAAAAACAGACUUCGUAUAAGCAGGAAACUACUGCAGGAUCUCAUGACGAGAUCAAAUCCUCCAGGUUGAGCAGAGAUGACCUCGGCGGACCGACAAAUCGCGACAGUUUAUAUGCGCUAUUAUCUUUCAUUCUGUCCAUAAACAAAUCGCAAUGGAGUUUAAUGGUAAUCGGGUGCAUGCUAUCUGUUAUUUGUGGGCUUGGAAACCCUUCUUCGGCUGUCUUCUUCUCAAAGCAGAUAUCAACCCUAUCCCAACCCAUUCCACCAAAUGAGCCUGGCAGGAUAGAAAAAGAAUCUGAUUUCUGGAGUACCAUGUACGUCAUGCUAGCUUUUGUUCUUGGCAUCUCGUUUGCGGCCCAAAACUUGGCAUUUGCAAAGAGCUCUGAGCGGCUCGUACGUCGCAUUCGACAUGCUGCCUUUCGAGCCAUGUUGAGGCAAGACAUGUCCUUCUUUGACAACAAGCAGAACACAACCGGCUACUUGACUUCCUUCCUGGCAACAGAAGCAGCCCAUAUUGCCGGAUUAAGUGGCACCACUCUGGGAACUUUGAUUGUUUCCAUCACAACACUCAUCGCAGCCUGCUCGCUAUCCAUCGCCGUUGGAUGGAAACUCUCCCUGGUUUGCAUCGCGACUCUCCCGAUUCUUGUGGGCUGUGGUUUUCUGCACGUAUGGCUGGUAGCUAAAUUUCAGCGGCGUGCUAGAGCUUCAUAUGAUGAAUCUGCCAGCUAUGCCGCAGAGGCUGUCUCGGACAUGCGCACUGUUGCUGCGCUGGGACGAGAGAUGGAUGUGCUCGAGGAGUAUCGCACGCUGGUGCGGACGCAGCUUCGCCAGAAUAUCCUCUUCAUUCUCAAGCCUUCUGCGCUUUAUGCUGCUUCCCAAUCUUUUCUCUUUUUUUGCUAUGCCCUUUGCUUUUGGUGGGGAGGCAAUCUAAUAGCCCGUCGUGAAUACGACAUGUUUCAGUUUUUUUUGUGCUUUAUGGCUGUCCUCUUUGGAGCCCAGAAUAUUGGGUUGAUUUUUGCUCAUGCUCCAGAGAUGGGUAAGGCCUAUGCUUCCACGCAGAAGCUGAAGAAGUUACUCGAUCAAACGCCCACGAUUGACCCUUGGUCAGACGCCGGUGACUCUGUGAAGGACGUUGCAGGCUCUUUGGAGUUUCAAGACGUACACUUUACGUAUCCUGGGCAACAAGACCAGAGACUUGUAUUAAAAGGUCUCAACAUCAAAAUACAUCCCGGUCAGUAUGCCGCUUUCGUUGGAACGUCUGGAUGUGGCAAGAGUACUGCGUUCAAGAUGAUUUCUCGCUUCUAUGAUCCCCAGUCCGGAGCAGUCUUAUUCGACGGAAGGGAUAUCCGCAAACUCAACAUUCGACAAUAUCGAAACCAAUUCGGCCUCGUAAGUCAAGAGCCAGCGCUCUAUCAAGGUACCAUCAAGGACAACAUUUCGCUUGGAUGUCCAGAUGGUCAGGUUACCGACGAGGCUAUUGAAUCGGCCUGUCGCGAGGCAAACAUCUAUGACUUUAUUGUGUCCCUCCCUGAUGGUUUCAAUACUCUUGUGGGUGUCAGAGGAGGGCUGCUGUCUGGUGGCCAGAAGCAGAGAGUCGCAAUCGCUCGUGCCAUUCUCCGAAACCCACGGGUGUUGCUUCUCGAUGAAGCAACUUCAGCUCUUGAUUCGGAAUCGGAGACGGUUGUUCAAGCGGCACUUGAUAAGGCUUCAAGAGGGAGAACUACUAUUGUUAUCGCACAUCGCCUUAGCACUAUUCGGAAGGCUGAUAUUAUCUUUGUCUUUGAUGACGGCAAGGUUGUGGAGAUCGGGACACAUUCUCAGUUAAUUGAAAAGGCGGGCAAGUAUGCAGAGCUCGUGAGUAUACAGAGUCUUGCAUAG